UUUUUUUUUUUUUUUUGGUUUUUUCUCCCUAAAGCAUUUUUUUAUUUUUUAUUUUUAUUUUUUGCGUCCUUUCUUUGCAGCCAAACUGAAAGUCACAUUUCAUGCCUGAGAUAAAAUAUAUAUGAAUAUCUAAACAAAUUUAACUGGUUAAAGAAAUAUAGUGACUAAAGGGAUGGAGAUUAAAAAGAUUGUAAUUCUUAGAUGAGUUUGCUAAUUUUUUUGAUUAUUUGAGCAAUUUAAUGCUGACCAAUAGUUUACGAUGUACCAUAUUCCAAGUAUCUGUCUUUUAGAAGUUUGUGUAAUGCAUUAAAAAAAAAAAAAAGGAAAAAAAAAAGCUUAUGUUAUUCUAAAUCAUAAAAUUUACCCUUCUUACGGGACUUGUUAUAUGGCUAACAAUUUUUCGAUUAUUGUCAUGUGAAAAGAUGCCAUUAUUUACCCUAAUGUCUAUAAAAAGUGCAACUGUUAAAGAAAAAAAUUGAUUAUUGUUAAUAAAUAUGUUCGUGCAUUGAGGUGCUAUUGAAUAGAACCGAGUUCGUUGUUGGAUUAGCCUGCAAGAUAAUGGUGCUCACAAAAUACUUAAUUAUCAUAAACCUUGCCUGUCAUGUGCUCUGUUUUCAUUUUAGUUUAAAUGGUUUUCAGAUGAUGGCAACUAAGGAAAACGAAGGUUUCUAUGAGAACCUUUCAAGAAAAGAGCUUCAAACUUGCAGAAGAAUUUAAAAUCAACAUCGUCCGGAGAAAGGAUGGGUGGAAUUAACAAGGAUUCACUUCCUGCUUCUACAACACAACUGCAGUUUGGAGCACAGUUAAACUCCAUGGCGGAUACCAGUAAAGAUAGCUAUGGAUAUAUCCUGAGUUCCAGAGAAAGAGAAAUCCAAAGGAACACUCAGACUGUUAAAUCCAAUGAAUUUGGCUGUUGCCUAGAAUCUAAGACUUAUGAUAAGGAAGUAAGAAAUGGUUCAAUGCAUAAUUCCAGGAAGAUGUCUCGCUGUCAGUGCAAUGGGAAUGGUUUGAAUUACAGCAAGGCCCUAAAAAAAGGCUCUGGUGAGAAAUUGACUUUACAAAAAGAUGGCUUAGUGGAAAAUAUGCCCCAAAUUAGAGAACUAGAUAUUGGUCCAUGUCCUGUAGGAGCUGCUUUUGCUUCCCCCAUGGAAAGUUCCCGAAAAGUUCCUUCCUCUUCUUUUGAGUUUUAUGUCAGAUCAGAGGAGGGUAUCAAUCUUUAUGUUGAUCUGAAUUCAAGCCCAUCUGACUGGACUAAGAGAUUCAAAAAUGAAGUUCACAUUUGUGAGAACGUACAAAGUAACAAAUGUCAAAGUCUUGAUUACGUUCUUGGAUGUAGGGAUGGAGAUAAAGAAUUGGAACGUUCCUUUUUAUGUGAUAUAAGUGCUGACCAAAUCAAGGAUGGACAUGUACAUACCAGAUCUUCCUCAAGUUCAAAAAUAAAAAUAAUUGAUCACAUGGACCUUGCUUCUCUUGAUCAACCCGAGGAAGGUGAUAGACGUUUAAUUUCAUCUGCAAUUCUACCAUGUAGCAUGCAAAUUGAAAGAGGCACCCAAGAUCAUAUAGACCAAGAGGAUCUAUGGACACGGGCCCGGAUGGGGAAAGAUGGAAAAUACGCGAAUGAAAAAAUUGAAAAUUUAGUGGAAAAAAUUAAUGCACCAAGGAAGAAGGCAACGGAAGGAGAAAUUUCAUCUUCACCUCCGGCCGAUAUUCUUACAGAAGCUGUGGGGAUAAAGGAGUCUAGAGAUUGGUUUAGGGGUCGAGGCAAAGGGGCGACUAAUUUUUUCCACAGCCUUAAGCAAAGUUCGCAAAAAAAGAAUGAGUCCAAGACAAGUGAGAGAAUUAGGAAGAUGGAGAGAUUGAUUUUUGGUCUUUUGGAGAUCAUUAAAAACAAAGACAAUGUUGAAGAAAUUAAUAAGUUAAUAUCUACAUAUAAAAAUCUUACAGGCCAUGCCGAUGAUGUUAUCCCUCAAGAGAUCCCAUCUAUUUCUAGGUUUGAUGCUUCUUGUAUUCAUUCAUCACCUAUGACAUUUUCUGAGAUUUUGACAAAAAAAGAAAAUUUAUAAUUAGCAUUAAUAUAUAUGUUUAAAUAAUAAUAAUUUUGUUAUUUUUUAUUAUAUAUGUUUAUUUUUGUAAUUGUUGUUGCA